CACCCAGGCUGGAGUGCGGUGGCAUGAUCUUGGCUCACUGCAACCUCCACCUCCUGGGUUCAAGCAAUUCUCCUGUCUCAACCUCCCAAGUAGCUGGGAUUACAGGCAUGUGCCACCAUGCCCAGCUAAUUUUUGUAUUUGUAGUAAAGAUGGGGUUUCACCAUGUUGGUCAGGCUGGUCUCAAACUCCUGAGCUCAAGUCAUCUGCCCACCUCAGCCUCCCAAAGUGCUGAAAUUACAGGCAUGAGCCAUGGUGCCUGGUCCAUAACUUCUAUGAUUUCAAUAUUGUCACACUUUUCAAAGGAGUCUUUCAAAUUAUAUUCUUCUGUAUCUUCCUUCUUAUCCCCCAACAAACAUUUUCUUCACUGUUGGAUUGGCUCCAGGCUUUACAGAACCCUCUCUAGAAACAACUGUCUUUGGUCCGCUACACGCCCAUCACACUUUGCUAUGUGGUUGAACACACUUUGCUGCACAAGUGUAAGUCACAAAACCAAAACCCCUGAGAUGGUUUGUUUAGGAGUUUCUCAUUACCACACAAUCUGUGGGUAUGCCCCAUUCCUCAAAAUGUUGGGCCUCUGUAGUUUCAAAGCUUAGGCCACCAAUAACCAGUUUUCUCAACUGCCCUGAUUCUGGUUGGUCAUGGCUCUCUUCCCCGUCCCACCUUUGGCUGUAGCAGCAGACAGUGAUGGCCCGAGUUGGGUUGGGGGCAACCAGGUGACAGCUUUACUUCCACUUUGAGGUUCUUUUCAUUUGAAGGUAAUCUUAAUGCGAUUAAAAUUCACAAAUAUGCUAAUAUAAAUAACCAAUCCUAUUUGGCUAAAAUAGAUUGUGUUCAACUCGAAUUCACCGUGGGACAGAAGUUUUGCUUCUUUUAGGCUCCCUGUACCUAUUAUCAGGCACCUGACGGCUCUGAAUCAGAGCAUCUGACCCGAGGAUCAUCGGGUUCUGUGAAACAUAAAGUUGUUAAAAGAAAAACCCCAGAAAGAAACAACCAAGUUUGUUUCUUGACUCCAUGUGAAUUUUAAAUUUUUAAAUUUUAUUUUAGUUGGCGGGCAUGGUGGCUCACACCUGUAAUCCUAGAACUUUGGGAGGCUGAGGUGGGCAGAUGGCCUGAGCUCAGGAGUUCAAGACCAGCCUGAGCAACACAGUGAAACCCUGUCUCUACAAAAAUACAAAAACUUGGCGCACACCUGUAGUCCCAGCUAUUCGGGAGGCUGAGGCAAAAGAAUUGCUUGAACCCGGGAGGUGGAGGUUGCAGUGAGCCGGGAUCACACCACUGCACUCCAGCGUGGGUGACAGAGCAAGACUCCAUCUCCCCCCACAAAAUAAAAUAAACAAAUUUUAUUUUAGUUUCGAGGGCACAUGUGUGGGUUUGUUAUAAAGGUACAUUGUGUGUUGCAAGGGUUUGAAGUACGAAUUGUUUUGUCACCCAGGUGAUAAGCAUGAUACCCAAUAGGGAGUUUUUCAAUCCUGAUCCUCCCACCCUCCACCCUCAAGUAGACCCUGGUGUCUGUUGCCUUCUUUGUGUCCAUAGGUACUCAAUGUUUAGCUCCCACUUAUGAGUGAGAACAUGUGGUACUUGGUUUUCUGUUCCUGUGUUAGUUUGCUUAGGAUAAUGACCUCUAGCUCCCUCCUCAAUGCGAAUUUUUAAAUCCCUUUAUUCUGGAGAGAACCAACACUGUUGUGCUGUGGUUUCUUUCUGCUAAUGCAGUGGUUCUCCAAAUGUGGUCACCAAACCAAUCACAUCCCAGUGUCACCUGGGAGUGUGUUAGAAAUAGACAUUAUUAGGCCCUGCUGCAGAUACACAGAAUCAGAAACUCUGGGGCCUGGGCCUGGGAAUCUGUGUUUUAACAAGUCUGCUGGGUGAUUCUGAUGCACACUGAAGUGUGAGAGCCGCUGGUUUAAUGAGGAAGCCUGUGGGAAUACCUUCAAUCAAACAGAGACUCUCAGAUCAGCCAGGUAACUGAUGGAAAGAGAAACUCUUGCUAAUUGGUGGGGGUACAAUUUUCUGGGGUUUUAUUUGGUUCCCUAUUGCAGUGGUGAGAAGAUUCCUGUUGACCAGACAUGAAGGAGAUAUACGUCCUGGAAAUUAGGGGUGAGGGGGUGUUUUCAUGGACUUUUCCAGAAUGGAGCAAAUCCACCUGGGUUUCAUGGACCAAAUCCAUCUGAGGGGCAAGGAUGGCAGAGAAACUGAGUCCCCAUGCAUCUCCAGAUCAAGGGAGUCGAAUGUUCCAAAGUACAUUUGUUUAAAGGGUCAGCUUCUAUGAGAGAGGAGUGUGUCUUGGUUUGCCCAGGACUUUUCCAGCUUUAGCACUGAAAGUCCCAUAUCCCUGGAAGCUCCCCAGCCCUGGGAAAACCAAGGCAGUUGGUCACUGGUCACUGCAGUUCAGAGACUGCCUGCUGGAAUUACUUGGUGAGCUUUAAAAAAUACUGACGCCUGGGCCCCCCUCCAGAUAAAAUUAGUUAGACUUAUUCUGGAUGUUUAGAAGUUCCUCAGGUGAUCCUAAUGCAUCCAGGGUUAAGCUGUUGCUGCAGCUGCUUGCCUGCCAUUUCUCCUAUUAAAAAAAAUAAAAUAUGGCCAGGUGUGGUGGCUCAUGCCUGUAAUCCCAGCACUUUGGGAGGCUGAGGCGGGCAGAUCAUGAGGUCAGGAGUUUGAGGCCAACAUGGUGAAACCCUGUCUCUACUAAAAAUACAAAAAAUUAGCCAGGCAUGAUGGUGUGCACCUCUAAUCCCAGCUACUCAGGAGGCUGAGGCAGGAGAAUUGCUUGAACCCAGGAGGUGGAGGUUGUGGUGAGCCUGGGCGACAGAGCAAGACUCCAUCUCAAAUAAAUAAAUAAAACACAAAACACAUACAAGUCAAUAGUUCUAAUGAGGUUGAACCCCUACCACACAUUAUAUACAAAAAUUAACUCAAAAUGGAUGAAUGACCUAAAUAGAAAGGCUAAAACUAUAAAACACUUAAAAGAACAUACGGUGGUAAAUCUUCAUUACCUUAGAUGUGGCAAUAGAUUCAUAGACAUAACAAAGCAUGAGUAAGAACAACAAAAUAGACAAAUUGGACUUCAUGAAAAAUAAAGACUUUUGUGAACAAAGGAUAUUAUACAGAAAGUGAAAAGAUAGCCCACAGAAUGGGAGAAAAUCAUAUAUCUGAUAAUGGUCUAGUAUUCAGCAUAUAUAAAGAAUUUUUAUAACUCAGAAAAAGACAACCCAAUUGAAAAUGAGCUAAGAAUUUGAAUAGAAAUUUCUCCAAAGAGGACAUGUAAAUACCAACAAGCACACAAAAAGAUGCUUAGCCUCAUUAAUCAUUAGGAGAAUGCCAAUAAAAACCACAAAUGGGGCUGGGCGCAGUGGCUCAAGCCUGUAAUCCCAGUGCUUUGGGAGGCCGAGGCGGGUGGAUCACAAGGUCAAGAUAUUGAGACCAUCAUGGUCAACAUGGUGAAACCCCGUCUCUACUAAAAAUACAAAAUGUUAGCUGGGUGUGGUGGCGCAUGCCUGUAAUCCCAGCUACUCAGGAGGCUGAGGCAGGAGAAUUGCCUGAACCCAGGAGGUGGAGGUUGCGGUGAGCUGAGAUUGUGCCAUUGCACUCCAGCCUGGGUAACAAGAGUGAAACUCCAUCUAAAAAAAAAACCAAAAAAAAAAAAAAAAAAACCCCACACAAAUGAUAGACCACUUCAUGCCUACUAAGAUGGAUAUAAUAAUAAAAACAAUAAUAAUGGAAAAUAAAAGUUGGUAAGGCUGUGGAGAAAUUGGGACUCUCAUACAUUGCUGGUGCGAAUGUAGAAUGGUGCAACCACUGUAGAAAACAGUUUGGUGGUUCUUCAAAAAGUUAAGCAUAGAAUUACCAUAUGAUGGCUGGCCAUAGUGGCUCAUGCCUGUAAUCCCAACACUUUGGGAUGCUGAGGUGGGUGGAUCACUUAAGGUCAGGAGUUAGAGACCAGCCUGGCCAAAGUGGUGAAACCCUGUGUCUAUUAAAAAAUACAAAAAUUAGCUGGGCAUGGUGGUAUGCACCUAUAAUCCCAGCUACUUGGGAGGCUAAAGCAGGAGAAUCCCUUGAACCCAGGAGGCAGAGGUUGCAGUAAGUCAAGAUUGUGCCACUGCACCCCAGCCUGGGAGAGUAAGACUCUCUCAAAAACAAACAAACAAAAAAUUACCAUAUGACCCAGCAAUUCUACUCCUAAGUAUAUACCCCAAAGAACUGAAAGCAGAUACCCCAACAAAUAGUUGUGCACAAAUAUUCAUAGUAGCAUUAUUCACAAUAGCCAAAAGAGAAAAACAACCCAGCUGUCUAUCAACACAUGAAUGGUUAAACAAAUUGUGGUAUAUCCAUACAAUGGAAUAUUAUUCAGCCAUAAAAAGCAAUGAAAUAUUGAUACAUGCUACAACACGGAUAAACCUUGAAAACAAUAUACUAAGGAAAAGAAGCCAGUUAUAAAUGGUCAGAGUAAUGUAUGAUUCCAUAUAUAUGAAAUAUUCAUAAUAGGUAAAUCCAUUGAGACAGAAAGCAGAUUAAUGUUGCCAGAGGCUGGAGGAGGAUGGAAUAGGGAAUGAGUGUCUGAUAGGUGCAGGUUUUUCUUUUGGGAUGAUGAAACAGUUUUGGUAUUAGGCAGAGGUGGUGGUUGCAGAGCAUUGUUUACAUGGCUAAUUGUAUGUUACAUGGAUUUCGCCUAAAUCAAAAGAAAACCAUCAGGUUACUCAUAUCUACAAAGUACAAUUGAAAUCAAGCUCUUUGUAAGUCUGAGUCCUCCACAGCUGGCCUUUAACUACACUCCCCCCUCCCUGUAGCCUAUCGUCUAUCUCUCUCCUACUACAUGGAAUCAUGAUACUACAUGGAAUCCUGUUGAAUCCCAAUGUGUCAUAUAUGCUCUGCCUCUGCUUCCAAGCUCACCAGUGUGCUUUGGGAAGUCUCCACCAGCAAUUCCAGCCUAUGGUCCUCUCUCAAUUCCAGUGGCUCUUAACUUUAUGCCCUUGCCACUCAGAGCAUAGGCCCUGCUUGUCAUCCCCUGGGAGCUUGGAAGAAAGGCGGAAUCUGGAGUUCCGCUGCAGACACACUGAACAAGAUCUUCAAAUGCUUUUAGGGCACAUUAAAGUUUGAGAAGAACUGGGUUGUACUAGUUGGCCCCAAGUCAGGCUGUGGAUCAGAAUCAGUUGUUCCAUGGACCAAAGACAGAGGAGAAUCCUGGGCCAGCCCCUUUCCAUCCCUACUUCCCAGCCUGAGAAUAAAAGGACAUCAAUGAUAUCUUUAUUUUCCAAGGUCUCUUGGAAACUGAGGUUUCAGAAGUGGGAGCCUCUGAAGAAUGCCUUUUUCAUCUUGGCCGAAAGAGCCCAGGACCCCAAUGCUAAAAAGCGUCGCAUGGCAAUGAGAGGCUUGGGAACCAUGGCCUGCGAAGCCCCUGACAAGGUGAGAAAGUAUAAGAAAAUUGUCCUGGACCUGCUGGUGUGUGGAUUGUAUGACCCUGUGAGUUUGGAAGUCAUCCAUGAAAGUAUGAAGACUCUGACCAUCGUCCUGGGCAAGAUCCAGGGGACAGGUUUGGGCUCCUUCUUCAUAGAGAUCACCCUUCAGACCAGGACUUUAUUAGAUGAUGAGAAUGACAGUCUGAGAUACUCAGCCUUUGUUUUGUUUGGGCAAUUGGCUGCCUUUGCUGGGAGGAAAUGGAAGAAAUUUUUCACCAGUCAGGUUAAGCAGACACAAGAUUUACUCCUGAUCCAUUUACAGGACAGAAAUCCCCAGGUUGCCAAGGCUUGCAAAACAACAUUUCGAGCCUGUUCUCCAUAUCUGAAACUAAGGAAGGAAUACAGCUUCCAGAAUGAAGAAGAUCAAAGGAACCCUAAACUCUGCCGGCAGCUGGUUACGGAACUUACAUUAUUUCCAUCUGACCACAGUAGACAGAUGAAUUUCCUACAGCAGUUUGCAAAUGUUAACAAGGUAAUGGCCCAAGAAGAAAAUGUUUUUCAGAAAUGUGGAUCAGAGAGUUAAAAAUGUUAUUUCCUAAGCAACACUGCUAGAGGCACAUGCUCUGCCACAGCAAAAAUGCGAUCAGAAGUCCAGAGCUUUUCAACAUUCCUGCCUGACUGCAUCAGCAGAUAUAACCAGCCGCUGGAAGAGGAGAGAAGCUCAAUUCUCAAAUGUGACAUCGUGCGGGCUGAAAGGACAAUACAUUUGGUAUCAGAAGACCUGGCUUUACACUCUAUCAUUUACUAACUAGUUAUCUUGAGCAAGUCACAAAACCCCUCAGAGCCUUGGGGUCUUUAUUUGUCAAGUGGAGGUAAAACCACAGCAUAAGAUACUCUGAUGAUCAGAUGAGACAGUCUGUGUAAACUGUGGAACAUUACUCCUAAAUGGAGUGUUCCUAGUUACAUGGUAGCCACCCAUGAUUGGAGCCUAUUUAUACAAUGUAAAGGGUGGAGAGAAUGAAAUAAGAUGUUAACACAGAUCUCUAUCUGUCUAUCUAUCAUAUCUAUCUAUCUAUCUAUCAUCUAUCUAUCUAUCUAUCUGUCUGUCUGUCUGUCUGUCUGUCUGUCUGUCUAUCUAUCUAUCUACCUACCUACCUAUCUAUCUAUCUGUUAAUCAUCUGAGACAAAUUCUCACUCUACUGCCCAGGCUGGAGUGCAGUGGCGUCAUCUCAGCUCACUGCAACCUCUGCCUCCCAGGUUCAAGAAAUUCUCCUUCCUCAGCCUCCCAAGUGGCUGGGAUUACAGGCAUGCACCACCAUGACUGGGUAAUUUUUGUAUUUUUAGUAGAGACAGGGUUUCGUCAUGUUGGCCAGGCUGGUCUUCAACUCCUGACCUCAUGCGAUCCGCCCACCUUCGCCUCCCAAAGUGCUGGGAUUACAGCCCUUAGCCACUGUGCCCUGCCUAUUGUGGCCAGGUGCCACUGAUCUCCAUUUAAAAUAAUAAAAUUAAUAAGUAAUAUAAAUAAAAAUAAUAAAAGCAACAAGUAAUCACUAUACAUAAAAAUCUUAAAAAUAUAAACACAAUACAAUUAGGUAGAUACAUUAUUUUACAUAAGGUUGUUUGUUCCCGAUAGUAAAUAACCGUUACAUGUCAAAUAGGGUUCAGCUUACAAGUUUAACACCUAUUUUUUACAAUUUAGUUACAUCUGAACUUUUUUGGUAUGAUACAAUAACAUUCAGAAAUUGUGGAAAAUCUGACUCUUUUUCUUUAGGUUACUCUGAUACUUAGUUUAAGUCAAACACUAAACUCCAUUAGGGAAUAAUGAAAAUUUUAUAUCUUUGGAUUUAAAUCUAUUAGAGUGACAGUCAAUUUACUAUCUCCCAACAAGCCUGAGAAGACGAAGCCCAGGAAUGUGAGAUUUUCUGACUAGUAAGAAAAUCUACCCACUGUGCAGAGUGGUGGAUUAAAUUAAUUCAAAGCUAGUACGCUUAUUUUACAACUUAAGGGAACAAAUUCAAUUUCCUAAAUAAAAAUUUUAUGACUUAAGUGAACAAACACAAUUUCCUGUAGUAAAUAAACAUGGUUUGCUUAUUUAUGGUUAAACGAUUUGCAUUUAUGUCUGGUGUCCUCCCAUUAACUAUCAGUAAACAAAGAGAGGGUUUUAUUAUGAAGGUAAUGGGAUCUGCCUAGUUAAAUCUGUUUAAUCAUAAAAGACCUUUGCCCUACCUGGAUCUGUGAUUAUAUCAGGACUUAACUAUUAACCUGCUCACUCUUACCUUUCCAAAGAAAACUAAGGGCUAGCCUACCAUUUUGGAUUUCCCAAGGCUUUUCCUUAAAUAAGAUGGAGACUUAGAUGUGAGUAAAUGAGGUCUGCCUACGAAAUCAAAACCUGUCACUUCCGGUUUCCCCAGCAUUGUUGCAAGACGUCUCCAACUGGCUACGUGACUGCCCCUAAUUGGCUUUAGGAUGAGGAGGAGUCUGAGCUGGUGGGGUUGGUUCAUCCAUCUCUAAGGGGUGUUCACAUCUUGCCCUUUAUGCUUCUUUGAGUUUCUGGAGCUGGAGCCUGUGCUGUAGGUAAUGGCAGGCAGCCUGUGAUGGAAAGCUGUGGAGCUUCUACUUUCAAAGUUCUUUAGAUAAGAAAGCAGUUCAUGAUGAUUUCUUGUUUUGUUUUCUUUUUUUGAGACGGAGUUUUGUUCUUGUUACCCAGGCUGGAGUGCAAUGGCGUGAUCUCGGCUCACCACAACCUCCACCUCCUGGGUUCAGGCAAUUCUCCUGCCUCAGCCUCCUGAGUAGCUGGGAUUACAGGCACGCGUCACCAUGCCCAGCUAAUUUUGAUUUCUUAACCAAAGAAAUACUGUAUUUCUUUAAACAAUCAUUAAAAAGAAGCAAUGAACAGACAGCAAAGCUAUUGCCUAGUCUCUAGUUCACUCCUCUGCUUUCCCCCUUCUGGUCCUGCACUGGCUCCACUGGGUGGAAUCAACCCAGCUCAUGUCGAGUCUUGCAGAGAGGGGCAGUGGGCAAGACGUCUCAGCUGGUUUCUCCCAACGGAGGGUUUGACUAGGAUGGGAUUUCCUGCGGGGAGUGUGUGGUGAGGGGGUGGAAAUCAUUUCUCAUCUCAACCUCGCCUUCCCCACUUUGACCACCACCCCUGCCAGGGCCUAUCAGGCACAUCCCUUGCUCUUUUCAAUAAAGCCCUUUCACUUGGGGUAAGCUCUGUUAGGUGGACAUGUGCUAUUCAGCUUAGCCUUCAUGCUCUGCACUGGGAUUUAUCCGCCCAUAGCCCAUUACAGCAGGUUUGAAGGCUGCCUGAAGAACUGCAAGUACAUCAUGCUGCUGUGCCUUCUCUAGAACAAUUGAACAGCAUGAGUUGUACCAACAUAGUUAAUUAGGAUUGCUGCACAUCCCCCUCCUGCCAUGAGGCUCAUUUAUUACCAAAUUUAAACAUAUUUCUUUGACCGAUUUCUUCAACAUUAGCAGGUACCAUUGAUUUCAAAAAAUUACUGGAGUACGUGUGUGUGUGUGUGUGUGUGUGUGUGUGUGUGUGUGCGUACAGGGUUUGAGUAAUGCUUUUGCAGAAAGAGAAACUUCCAAAUACAUACUACUUAUCAAGGAACCUGUAUUUCAAGGAGUGCUAGAAAAUCCAACAAAGCAGCUAUUAAACCACCUCCAUCCCAUUGUGACAAAUAGUCCAAUCUAGCCAGGACUCCUUUCUUUCUUCUCUCUCUCUCCUGGCAUUUACAAUUCGACAGCUAACUUUUGGACUCUAGGGACUUAGCUUCUUCCAAUCCAUAAUUAUAUUCUUAAGAACUCAGUCCCUUAGAGACUCACCAGGACCUUUAAGUUCUUUUGAUCGAUGUGAGGAGGUAUUCUAUAUUAACUGCUGAUCUUUUCCUGGAACCCCCAUUUGGAAGGACUGUCUAAAUCACGCCGCUUGCAUGUUCGGCCUGGCAUGAGAUAACAUCUCUCUUCGGCUGCUGUGGAAUAUUCCUUGGAAGACAGGUGCUCUAGGUGUAAUUAGGGCUAACAGGGGUGUCAGCCAGAGGAGGCGUCUGCUGAUGGGGAUGGCGCGUGCAUGUGGCACUCAUUGUCUCUCUGUAGAUCCCUGCGACUCUCCUUCUCACUUCCCCCUUCUGAAAUUCCCUUUCACCAGGGGCCCUCAGCCCUGCAGUUGCCGCUUGCAGCCCCUUAACCUGCUGCCUUAUACCAUGGAGCAGGCGGCUGCCAGUGUGGGGGACUCUUGCUCCGAGUUGGAGAUGGGAGCAACCCUCUGUGAACCUGCUCUUUUUGGUCUGGCUUUGGCUUUUCUCUGCUAUAUUCAAUAACCAAUAAUUCCACAUCCUAUUUUCUGAGGGCUCUGUUCACCCUGACCUCCAAGGAGACAGAGUUGUUGGAUCAUUAUACGUGAGAGUGAAGCCGGGCGUGGUGGCUCACACGUGUAAUCCCAGCACUGUGGGAGGUUGAGGUGGGAGGAUUUCUUGAGGCCAGGAGUUCAAGACCAGCCUGGACAGCACAGUGAGACCCCCCCAUAUCUAAAGUAAAUAAAUAAAUAAAAUUAGGCCAGUGGUGCAUACCUGUAGUCCCAGCUACUUGGAAGGCUGAGGCAGGAGGAUCACUUGAGCCCAGGAGGUCAAGGCUGCAGUGAACCAUGAUAGGUAGCACCACUGCACUCCAGCCUGAGAGACAGAGAAGACUCUGUCUCUAAAAUGUGUGUGUGUGUGUGUGUGUGCAUGAUUGUAUAUUUGCAUUGUAUCCUGGGCCUCUAGUGUGUAUUGUUCAAUAUGGUAGUCUCCAGCAGCAAAUGACUGCUGAGUACUUUAAAAAUGGCUAGUCUAAAUCAAGCAGCUCUAUAAGCAUGUGAAAUACACCCUGGAAGGCUAAGCAUGGUGGCUCAUGCCUGUAAUCCCAGCACUUUGAGAGGCUGAGGCAGGCGGAUUACCUGAGUUCAGGAGUUCAAGACCAGCUUGGCCAACAUGGUGAAACCCUGUCUCUACUAAAAAUACAAAAAAAAAAAAAAAAAAAAAAAAAAAUUAGCUGGGUGUAGUGGUGGAUGCCUGUAAUCCCAGAUACUUGGGAGGUUGAGAUAGGAGGAUUGCUUGAACCUGGGAGGCAGAGGUUGCAGUGAGCCAAUAUCGUGUCACUGUACUCCAGCCUGGGCAACAAGAGUAAGACUGUCUCAAAAAAAAAGGAAAAGAAAGAAAAAAAGAAAUACACACUGGAUUUUGGAUACCUAGUAUCAAAAAAAAAUGUGAAAAUAUCUUGUUAAUAAUGUUUUAUAUUGAUAAUAUUUUGAAAUGACAGUAUUUUACAUAUAUCAGGUUAAAUAAAAGAUUUUCAAAGUUAAUUUCAUCUGCUUCUUUUUAGUGUUCCUUAAUGUGGCUUCCAGAAAAUUUUAAAUUAUGUUUGUGGCUUAUCUUUUAUUUCUUUUGCUAGAGUGCUGCCCUAGUGUAUGUGUGAAAAGCCAGGCAAGCUACUCUGGAGGCUGAGGCAUGAGAAUCUCUUGAACCCAGGAGAUGGAAGUCACAGUGAGCUGAGAUAGCACCACUGUACCCCAGCCUGGGUGACAGAGCGAGACUCCGUCUCAAAUUAAAUAAAUAAAUACAUAAAGAAAUAGGCAGGUGGGGAGAGAUUCUGAGCAGGGAUCCUGAGAAAGCACAUUUUCAUGACGCUUUUUUGAACUCCCAACCUCAGGUGAUCCGCCCGCCUUGGCCUCCAAAGUGCUUGGAUUACAGGCAUGAGCCACUGCGCCCAGCCUCAUGACACUUUUUUUAUGAUGCUUUCUGGCUCCCACUAAGAAUAAGGGCGGCUCUGAUGGGGGUUGGUGGGCAUGAACUACUGCAGUAGUCCCCUGUCCUGUAAUGUGAGGUGGGGGGGCGGUGAGCAAGGAGGGAGGAGGUAAAAGAGAAAGCUAAGUCAUUGGUAGAGGCAGAAACUCCUGGCCCUGGAUGGAACAGGUGCAGCCCUGAUGCGUGGUGGGCCUCAUCAACUGGGUGGCAGGGCUGGUAGUGCCAGAAAACACCUGAAAGCUCAAUUAAUCUGUCCCGCUGCCCCUCGGAAAAUAUCAGCUAAGUCAUUUUGGCACCUGUGGGGAUAGAACCAGGCUGGGGCACUGUGUCCCUGCCACCAGCUCUGUGACCUUGUGAAAGUUGCUU